AAUAGACUUUUUUUUAAUGUAUUAGUCCGUCGGUACCGGACAUAUUACGAACAAAAACAAUGGAAAAGAGACGUUUCAGACAAUGGAAAAGAGACGUUCCCCAGCCGCCAUUUUGACAGAGAGACCGUGACAAAGCGAUUUAGUCAGAUUAAGAUUACAAAUCAACCAAGUGUUGCCAACAAAGAAGUAUUCAUUGCAAAGGUUUGCCAGUGUAUUAAAGAGGAAAUGAAAUCCAAUGGAAACAAUACACAGUUCCCACUGCAUUGCGAACGAGAAAUGGAGUCCUCAGCGUCCAGAAAAUGCAUUGACCCUGAUCCAUUAACACAUAUGCAAACCUAUGCGAACCUCUUAAUCGGUCAAGAUAUAUUGACAAAUGCAAACCCAUUUGACGAAAGAGAGAUGCCAGCAUCAAACAACAACUUCUCUGAAGAUCUUGUAGAAUCACAUUGCAGCUUUUAUAGCAAAGUAAAGGAGCAGUUCUGGUGCGACCUUUGUGGUCGUGGUCUGCGGGACCUGAUAAGCUUGCGACGGCAUGUUGCGGAUCACAUUGUUGAUUCCACCGCAGACAAAACUGACACCUAUGCCAGCCACACUUUACAUGCAGGUGCUUUGAGUAACCAGGAACCUUUAACUGGUAGAAAUAUAAAGAUAAAAAUAGAAGACACUACACUAGGGCCUUGCGACUGUUCAGAGAUUGCUGGAUGUCGGUACACUUGCUCAAUAUGCGGCGCAGAGUUCUCAGUGUUGCAGGAGUUCAGAAGACACCAACGUGUACACAAUGGAAUAGGUAUUACAUCUCCAAUUGAAAACGUGCUUCAAGUCAACAAGGGGAUUCGGUCAAAUAACCUUCAUAAUCAUAAAAGGACUCACGAAGGAGAUCUACCGCAUCCCUGCAGCGUGUAUGGAAAGUGCUUUCUCUUAAGCAACGAUCUAACUAGGCAUAUGAGAAUUCAUACAGGAGAGCGGCCAUACAGUUGCAGCAUUUGUGGAGAGGCAUUUUUCACCAGUUUCGAACUAACAAAGCAUAUGCGGAUUAACACUAAAAAGCGGCCACACAAUAGCAAUGUUUGUGGAAAGGGAUUCGUCAAAAAUUUCAACCUCACUCAGCAUAUGAGGAUUCACACCGGAGAGCGGCCACACAGUUGCAGUGUUUGUAGAAAGGGCUUUGUCAACAGUUCUAAACUCACUAAGCAUAUGAAGAUGCACACUGGAGAGAGGCUGCACAGUUGCAGUGUUUGCGGAAAGGGCUUCAUCACCAGCUCUGAACUUACCGUGCAUAUGAGGAUUCACACCGGAGAGAGGCCGCACAGUUGCAGUGUUUGCGGAAAGGGCUGUAUCACCAGCUCUCAACUUACUGUGCAUAUGAGGAUUCACACCGGAGAGAGGCCGCACAGUUGCAGUGUUUGUGGAAAGGGCUUUGUCAACAGUUCCAACCUCACUAAGCAUAUGCGGACGCACACUGGAGAGAGGCCGCAUAGUUGCAGUGUUUGCGGAAAGGACUAUAUCACCAGCUCUGAACUUACCGUGCAUAUGAGGAUUCACACCGGAGAGAGGCCGCACAGUUGCAGUGUUUGUGGAAAGGGCUUUGUCAACAGUUCUAAACUCACUAAGCAUAUGCAGAUGCACACUGGAGAGAGGCCGCACAGUUGCAGUGUUUGCGGAAAGGGCUUUAUCACCAGCUCUCAACUUUCUGUGCAUAUGAGGAUUCACACCGGAGAGAGGCCGCACAGUUGCAGUGUUUGUGGAAAGGGCUAUAUCACCAGCUCUCAGCUUACUGUGCAUAUGAGGAUUCACACCGGAGAGAGGCCGCACAGUUGCAAUUUUUGUGGAAAGGGCUAUAUCACCAGCUCUCAGCUUACUGUGCAUAUGAGGAUUCACACCGGAGAGAGGCCGCACAGUUGCAAUUUUUGUGGAAAGGGAUUUGUCAACAGUUCCCACCUCACUAAGCAUAUGAAGAUUCACACUGGAGAGAGGCCGCAUAGUUGCAGUGUUUGUGGAAAGGGAUUCGUCAACAGUUCCACCCUCACCAAGCAUAUGAAGAUUCACACUGUAGAGAGGCCGCAUAGUUGCAGUGUUUGUGGAAAGGGCUUUGUCACUAGUUAUAAAGUCACUGAGCAUAUGAGGAUUCACACCGGAGAGAGGCCGUACAGUUGCGGUGUUUGUGGAAAGGGCUUUAUUACCAGUUCUCAUCUCAUUGAGCAUAUGAGGAUGCACACCGGAGAGAGGCCGCACAGUUGCAGUGUUUGUGGAAAGAAAUUUGUCAACAGUUACAACGUCACUAAGCAUAUGAAGAUUCACACUAGAGAGAGGCCGCACAGUUGCAGUGUUUGUGGAAAGGGAUUUAUCUACAAUUCCGAUCUCACAAAUCAUAUGAGGAUUCACACCGGAGAGCGUCCACACAGUUGCAGUGUUUGUGGAAAGGGAUUUGUCACGAGUUCCAACCUCACUAAGCAUAUGCAGAUUCACACGAGAGAGCGGCCACAUACUGAGUAGUUGUAGUGUUUGUGGAAAGGGAUUUGUCACCAUUUCCAAUCUCACUCUGCAUAUGCAGAUUCACACGAGAGAGUUGCCACAUAGAUGUAGUGAUUGUGGAAUGGGAUUUGUAACCUGUUUUUCUUCUCUCUGAGCGUAUGAUAAGUCACACGGGAUAGGAUUCACACAGUUGCAGUGUUUGUGGAAAGGGAUACAUCAGCUGAUCAAACCGCUAUCAGCGCAUGAAGAUUCAUACAGGAGAGCUGCCGUACCUGUGAAGCUUGUGUGGAAAGGGCUUUGAUAAUGAUUUCAUCCUCAAAAGGCAUAUGUGGAUUCACACGAGAGAGCGGUCUCAAAGUUAAAACAUGUGUGGAAGGGGAUUUCUAAUCAGAUCCCAUCCCCAGUGUUACCUGAGAUUCGACGCAUGGAAAUGGUUGCACAGAUGCAGAGUAUUGGGCAACAGCUAUUAAAGUACAUCAGGCCUGUAAGUGCACAUAAGGAGCCACACCCGAUUAAAACCUGAAAAAUGUAGCUUUUGAGGGGCGAAGUUAUGCAAACACGUAUAAUUUGAUAUACAUAUACAGAUCCACAAUAACGAGCUCAGAUAUGAAUGCCUUGUUUUCAAGAGGAACUUUGCGAAGUUCUUUUCAUUAAACGCUCAUAGCAACCGCUGUUAUCACGAUGAUCAUAAUAAGUAACGCCAACUUAUCACAGUUUAAGAUUAAUGUAUAUUCACAAACGACUUAUGCACAGGGAUUGACAUACACACCAUGUCGUUUUAUUAUUUGUUCAAACAUUCUCCGGAUUAUUUGACCAUAUUGCCUAAGAUGUAAUAUGGUCAUUUCUUUAUAUUGAGCUACUUUGCUAUGUUCACACAGCCUUAAGCCCGCAAAAGUUGGGAUGGCGGAGAUUUUAUAAGCAAUGCCAGGGAGUUCCAGUGAGUUGAAUAAGGGAUAUGUACGAAUAUUCGAAAGUCAGCCGAAUAUUGGAAUCCUGUAUUCCUAUUUGAAUUUUCGAUUUCUUUUCAAAGAUACUAAAAACAAUAUCUUGCCAUUUGUUCAUCUGUCUGGUUGUAUUGUAAACGAUUAAAGUGAUUUGUCCAAAAUAUAUUAUGAACAAGUAUAUACUGUAUAGAUAUAAGCAAGUUGUAUCAUAUAAAUAAAGUGUUUUAUUACUUAAAAUGUUAAAUAUUGUACAAUUUUAUACAAUUUACUUCAAAACACUUAACAUACUUAGGUUCAUGGGGGGGGGGGGGGGGAUAAAUUUCAUUAAAACUUCGCCUUGGUUUUUCUUCAUUGAAUGUGGUACAAUAUGGUCAAACUAUAUAUCAUUUUAAAGCUAAAGACGGAUAGAAUAACAUAAACACAUUUUCGACAUUCAAUAUUUGUGUGCUUUAUUCAUAUUUUGGUUUAAAACCAAUACAUUUUUACACUAAUUUACAAAAUCUCAAUCUAAAGUUAGGAAGGACAUGCACUACCUUAAGUUGAAUAAAUACAAAGCUAUAUACAUAUACAAGGUCAAGUUAGCAACAUUUCACAGAAAAUAAUUGUCCUAAAACAACAAAUGAGUUUUUAUUCAACUGCCUUUUUUGGAUAAAUAUCCUAAACAGAGUUCUAAAAAUAACUAAAACGUAACUACUUUUUAAAAAUCCAGGUAUGGUGGAUAAUAAGAGUCACAAUUCUAUUUCAAAGGCUUAACAAUUGUGUUAUUUACCUCUCAACCAAAUUGCAAAUUUUAAACCAUCUCAAAUUGAAAUAGAUUGCAGACGACAUAUAAAAUUGUAAAGGAAUAAAGAAAUUGGCAAAAUUA